AUGCCUCCAACAAGAGCACCCCGACGUGCCGUAACGGACGAAAACGCAGAGAACGUGGGCACUACGCGCCUGACGCGUGCCAAAGCAGCCGCACUCGAUACUGUCGUCGCCGGCGAUCCACCUAAGAAGGCGCUGGGUGCCAAGCGCACGACCACAGCUCCCGCGAACGGCACUCUCGGAGCCAAGAAGAGGACCGCGUUGGGAGACGUCAGCAACGUCGCGAAGAAGGAACCAACUGAGAACGGCGAUGGCAAGAAGGAUACGAUGGGCAAGAAUGGAUCGCUACUGAAAGCAUCCAAGCCAGCCGGCAUCCAGAAGCAGCAACCACCAGCGCGGACCAACUCCACACGUACCGUUCUCGGUUCCAAGGCGGCCAACGCGACAUCAUCCGAGCUGAAGAGGCCUGCGAGCGGGUCUGGUGUCGGCGGCCACAUCACGAAGAAGAGGAACACGUCGGCGUCGAAGCCCUCCAAGCUGGACGAUGAUGAAGCAUCCGAGAAUGUCCCACCACCGAAGAACGGAUCGAAUGGCAGCUUCAAGACCGAACAGAAGUCCAAGACGAAGUCGAGACCGUCGAUCGAAGAGGUGUUUGACGAUGAUGCUGGACCAUCGUGGGAGGAGGUUGUCAAGGAUGCGAAGGACCUGGACGAAGAGGACCUCGACGACCCGCUCAUGGUGGCUGAAUACGUCCACGAGAUCUUCGAGUACAUGCAGGAGCUGGAGAUCUCGACCCAACCCAAUCCCGACUACAUGGACAACCAGACCGAGCUGGAGUGGAAGAUGCGCGGCAUCCUCGUCGACUGGCUGCUCGAAGUCCACACGCGCUUCCGCCUCCUCCCCGAAACCCUCUUCCUCGCCGUCAACAUCAUCGACCGCUUCCUCUCCAGCAAAGUCGUGCAGCUCGACCGUCUUCAGCUUGUCGGUGUCACCGCCAUGUUCAUCGCCUCCAAGUACGAAGAGGUCCUCUCCCCUCACGUUCAGAACUUCGUCCACGUGGCCGACGACGGCUUCACAGAGGCUGAGAUACUAUCCGCCGAGCGCUUCGUCCUCGCCGCUCUCGACUACGACCUCUCCUACCCGAACCCCAUGAACUUCCUCCGUCGCAUCUCCAAGGCCGACAACUACGACAUCCAGACCCGCACGCUCGGCAAGUACCUGCUCGAGAUCGGCUGCCUCGACCACCGCUUCAUCAAGCAUCCUCCUUCGCUCGUCGCCGCCUCGGCUAUGUACCUGGCGCGUCUGGCGAUGGACCGCGGCGAAUGGGACUCCACGCUGUCCAAGUACGCGGGCUACACCGAGCAGCAGAUCCAGCCGGUGUUCAAGCUCAUGGUUGAGUAUCUGUCAGGUCCAGUCCUGCACGAGGCAUUCUUCAAAAAGUAUGCUAGCAAGAAGUUCCUGAAGGCAUCCAUCGUCCUCCGCCAGUGGGCCAAGAAGUGGGCGCCGACCUACCUCGACAACGCGCCUGUCAACACCAGCAGCGCGAAGGCGACGCCUCGCUCAUAG